AUGACCUCGGAAUCAUCACCAUCGCCAUCACAACCCCCUCAUCCUCUUCGCAACACCCGACCCUCCCCUCCUCGCCGUACCCCUACGCCUCCGCCCCGGACAUCAUCCGCGCCCACCAAAAGGAUGCGCGAGGAGUACUGCGACCUCGUCCAGCUCCACGUCGGCACCGACCCGGGGUCCGACGACCCCGCGGGCGCCCUCCCGACGCUGCCCCGCCGCGCCUCCUACAUCGCGACCUCGGUCCUCCUCCCCUACCUCCUCGGCCGCCUCCUCCCCUCCGUCCGCGCCCGCCUGCGCUCCUCCCUCGAGCGCACCCUCUCCGCGACGACGACGAAGAAACCCGGUAGCGCCUCGGCCACGCGCAAGAUCCUGGCCGAGUACCUCCUCGCGAACCUGCCCUCCCUCACCUCCGCUGCGCCCCUCCACGCCGCCACCCUCGCCGUCUUCUACUUCACCGGCACCUACUACGAGCUCGCCAAGCGCGUCCUCGGCCUGCGCUACGUCUUCACCCGCCGCGUCCCCGACACCCCGGACCGCGCGGGCUACGAGGUCCUCGGCGUCCUGCUCGUCGCCCAGCUCGCCGUCCAGUCCUACCUGCACAUCCGCUCCACCAUCUCCGACCUCUCGGCCCAGGCCUCCGCCGCCCGCGCCGCCCGCGAACGCGCCGGCCCGGCUCACCACGUCGACGUCUCCCUCGACGCAAACGCCUACGCCGCCAACACCUCCGUCCUACUCGCCUCGGAGGCGGCGCCCGCCGGCGCGGGGACCAGCAAGGUCGACAUCGCCGCCGUGACGCACACCCCCGUCCUCGCCGAGGCCGCCGGCGCGAGGUUCGACCUCGAGGACGAAAAGGUCAUGGCCUACAUCGCGGGCUCCGCGCAGCGGAAGUGCACGCUGUGCCUGGAGGAGCUCAAGGACCCGUCGGCGACGCAGUGCGGCCACGUCUUCUGCUGGACGUGCAUCGGGGACUGGGUGCGCGAGAAGCCCGAGUGUCCGCUCUGCAGAAGGGAGGCCAUGGUGCAGCACAUCCUGCCGUUGCGGGUUGCGUAA